CCCCAAAAUGCAAAAGAUAAGGUCAAAGAAGUCUUACAAAAGACUAAAGAGAAGCUCCAGCAGAUAUUUGGAAAGAGUAAAGAAGGGCGUUCAAAGAUCAAAGAAAUGAUGGACAAGCUCAAGAAGAAAGGUACCGAAUUACUUGAUAAGGGGAAAAAUGGUCUUAAGAAGUUAGUGAGUGCUGCAAAGGAUAUUAUUGGCAAAAACGUGCCCAAGAAAUUGCGAGACAGUUUAGUGAAUGGCAUUAAAGAUGGUCUCAAAAAUGUGAAGGACAAAGCCAAAGACGCAAAAGACAACCUUGUGAAUGGUCUGAAAGGGAUGAAAGACGGUGUUGUUAAUAGUUUGAAAGGAGCGAAAGAGAAGUUUGUGAAUGGGAUUAAUAACAUGAAAGACACUCUCAAAGACGGUAUAAAAGAAGCCAAAGACAAAACAAAGAACGAAAUCAAGGAGAUGAAAGACAAAAAGACGAAUGGCUUUAAAGGCGCAAAAGAUAAAUUAACGAAUAAAGUCAAUGGAGUGAAAGAUGUGAUCGAAGGUUUUGCUACUAAAGAUGAAAAAGGAAGUACAAAGUCCAAGAAAAUUGCCACCACCAUGAUAAAAGGUGCAAAGAAUAUCUUAAAGAACACAAAAGACUCGAUCAAUAAAAAUGCACAAAAAGCUGCUGAGAAGUUUAGAAAUACCAUUAAAGACCAAACAGACAAUAUGAUGGAAAAAACGAAGAAUGUCAUUGGAAAGGGUAAAGAGUAUAUGAACAAAGGAAAGAAAGCGGCAGGGACUUUAGUUUCUAACGCGUCAAAUUUUGCUUCGAGUAUCGGCAAAGCCACGAAGGGAAUGUUUGACAAAUACAAGAACAAAGCAACGCAAUCGAUUCAAAAGGCGGAGACUAAAACGGCUUCGUCUGUUGCAAAGAUAGCAAAAGGAGUCAGUAAAGCAGUGGCAUCAAAGAUACCCACUCGAGCUCUUCAAGGGAUGAAAAAAGCUGGAGAGAAAGCAAUACAAAAGAUGGACACUAUGCUUCAAAAGGGGAAAGCUCUUGGGUCUAAAGUUGUUGAUUCGAUGAUGAAAGAACAAAGCAAAGCAAAGAAGUUGGGCGAGAAGGCACGAGUUCUUCCAAGAAAGACGGUGAGUACUAUCAAGAAAGUUGGUGAGAAAGCAGAGAAGAAGUUUGGCAAGCUUGGCAAAAGUAUUACAAAGAAGUUUAAAAAGCUUGAAAAGUCGACAACAAAGAAACUCGGUAAAACUUCAUCAAAACGCAAACAAGAGCAAAUUAAAAAGAACGCUCAAAUUAAGGCGAAACGGUUGCAGAAGAAUGCACAAUUAAAAGCACAAAGACUUCGAAACAACGCAAAGAUCCAAGCGCAGAAAAAGAAAGCGGCAGCAAUCAAGAAGGAACAAAUGAUUAAGAAGAAAGCUCAAGCUCAGAAGAAGAAAUUACAAGAGAAGAAAAAGAAGUUGGUCAAACAGGCAGAAUCAAAGAAAACCCAAAUUUUAAAACAGAAGAGGGUAUCUCAAUCGUCUAAGAAGUCUACAACAAAUAAGAAGUAA